AUUUUUUCUUGCACUUCACUGAUGGUGAAGGACCGUUUGCCGGAGUUACAGGAGAAGCGUGCCUCGCUUCCCCACAGCAAAACCAAAAGCCGAACAGGAGACACAUCAAUCAAAUCAGGUUUCCUUGAACAGGCAUCCGCACUUCAAGACACAAUUGAAGAACUCCGAAGAUAUGUGGCUGAAGCAACAAAAAUUCAGAAAGACAUCCUCGCCAGCCCUCAACAAGACUCAGAAUUGGACCGUCGGCUGCAAUCGUUAACUAAAGUGAUACGGGACAAUGCACUUCAUGUUCGGGCUACCUUGAAAACUUUCGAAGAUGCCUCCGAUAAAUCGCCCCUGUUGGGAUCUGUCCAAGACCGUGUAAAAUCUACCCAGCAUGCCUCCCUAUCCCGGCAGUUGGUUGCCAUAAUGAACGACUACAAUAAGUCCCAGUUAGAGUAUCGAGAUAAGUGCAAACUUCGGAUUCGUAACCAGCUGGCUGUUGCCGGCUCGACGUUAUCCGAGGAUGAAAUCGAAGAUAUGUUGGAGAAGAAGAAUCCCGAAAUAUUCACGCAAGCGAUAAUGGCAAGCACAGAGGCAGCCAAGCGCUCACUAUGUGAUAUCGAGGCUCGACAUGCGGACAUUAUUCGAUUAGAGAAGAGCGUUGAAGAACUUCGUGAUUUGUUCACAACGCUUGCUUUGACGGUGGAUCAGCAGGGUGAAUUGAUUGACCGAAUCGAGUUUCAUGUGUCCAAAACGACCAAUGCCGUUGAAAACGCCAAUCGAUGUUUGAACACUGCAGUCACAAGGCAAUCGAAAAACCGCAAGCGCAAGUUGAUCUGCAUUAUCAUACUCAUUAUUCUGGGCGUGUUUCUCAUCGUGGCAAUAGCAUCCGCCAUCGGAUUGACGUAGCGAUUGUCUUGGGGUGCCGGCUGCGCCCCGUACCCACCUAACCUACCCCGGAUUCGGCCUGCCGGUUCACGCCUGGGAACGAUCAUAGGCCAAGCGCGGAAGAUUCCGGUGUGCCGAAUCAUUGCAUGUUCCAUAGAUCUAUUAUCCUCAUUAUUACUCAGCUGUACAUAUUUUAACCGAGACUUGACUUUUUACAUGAUUCUAAACCCAGUGCAAACCAAUUUUGCGACGAAUGAAAUUUUCUUUCGAACUUCUCUUAUAUUUCAUGAUUUGCUCAGCAUUUCGCCGUCUUACUACCACUCCCGUUACUGUUAUCGGAAAUUUGCUUGAAUGCAUUUUUUAGUCAAUACAAUCUGAUUUUUUCAAACGAUUGCUUCUUCUUAUUGCUGCCAACGAAUUGGACGAAUGGUGUACAAUAAAAAGGCGAAGAUGGAUGAUUACAUCGAUCCGUGUGCAAAUGUCCGAACUAGGUUUGGUCACCUGAACCUAUCACCUCCAGCAGUGAAAUGUAGCACCUCAACCAUUGGUAGAGUAGUUGAAUGGGAUAAGGAAUUUCGUAUUUCACCUUUGUGGCGGGAUG